AUGGCCAGCACGGUGGUUUCAUCCAAUGCCAGUGUCCCUGCACAACAACGAUUAGCGUCUAUGAAUGAAGGCCUCUGGAUGCAAAUAGGUACCCUCGCAGAAACCGUGAACGAAUUAGACAAGGCAAUGAGUGCAUAUGAAAGUGCGCUUCGUCACAACCCGUACUCAAUACCUGCUCUGACUGGAGCGGCCGCUCUGUGCCGAGCUAAAGAACAAUACGGAAAGGCUGUCGAGUUUUAUCAACGUGUCUUAAACAUCAAUGGUGAUAACGGAGAAGUAUGGGGCGCGUUAGGAUACUGCUACCUGAUGAUGGAAGAUCUGCAAAAAGCAUACACCGCCUAUCAACAAGCAUUGUAUCAUUUACCGAAUCCAAAAGAACCCAAGUUAUGGUAUGGCAUAGGUAUACUUUACGACCGAUAUGGAUCCUACGAUCAUGCGGAGGAAGCAUUCUCGGCUGUAAUACGCAUGGACCAGAAAUUCGAAAAGGCCAAUGAGAUCUACUUUCGACUGGGCAUCAUAUACAAACAACAAGGAAAACACGAACUCUCGCUACAAUGCUUCCAGUAUAUAUUGACUUGCCCGCCCAAACCACUAACUGAAAUCGACAUAUGGUUUCAGAUCGGCCAUGUAUAUGAACAGCAGAAAGAGUAUCAACGAGCUAGAGAAGCAUAUGAAAAGGUGUUGGCUGAAAACCCAAACCAUGCCAAAGUCUUGCAGCAACUGGGAUGGCUGUAUCAUCAACAACCUAGUACAUUCUCAAAUCAGGAGCUGGCCAUCUCCUUUUUGACUAGAUCUAUCGAAGCAGAUCAAACGGAUGCCCAGACGUGGUACUUGCUCGGAAGGUGCUAUAUGGCCCAACAAAAGUACAACAAGGCCUAUGACGCCUAUCAGCAAGCAGUAUAUCGAGAUGGUCGGAACCCAACCUUCUGGUGCUCAAUUGGUGUAUUAUACUAUCAAAUCAACCAGUAUCGGGAUGCUCUCGAUGCAUAUUCUCGAGCUAUACGGCUCAAUCCAUACAUAUCGGAAGUCUGGUAUGACCUGGGAACCCUUUACGAGUCGUGCAACAACCAAGUUCAUGACGCAUUGGACGCAUACAGCCGAGCCCUAGAACUAGAUCCAAACAAUCCACACAUAAAGCAAAGGUUGCAAAUGCUCAGGAAUCAAGCGGCUGGUACUACUACUACUACUGGUCAUCAAUCGCCGCAUCCAUCGCCACCAGAUACAACGUCCAACAAUGUCACAGCAGCACCACCAAAAACAAAUGGAAACCAUGUCGCUGCUGGCCCGACACCAUUCUAUCAAGGGCCUACACCACCCACUCAAAUGGACUAUGCAAGACAAGACUCUCGCUCAUCUUCCGUUAGUUCUCACGAUCAUGAAAGGCGUGAAUUGCCAAUGAUCCAGCAGCAGCAACAACAGCAACCACCACCACAACAACAGGUACCGCCACCACCAUCAUCCUCAUAUCCACCUCACUCUGUAAACCCAGUACCAUCACUACACUAUACCAUUGAUAGUCAACAACAACAACAGCAACAUAACUUACCAUCAAUCAUAAAUCGGCAAAACAACGGUUUGAAUACACCACCAACAGCAUCAUCUCUCCCAGGCCUUAAACCCAUAGACGCUCGUGACUCUGGCCGAAACACCCACUCGCCAAAACCACGAAUAGAAUCACCAUACCCUCCUCCCCCUCAUCACCAUCAUAAUAAUGCUUCUCCUCAUAUACAGCAGCCGCAGCAACAACAUCAUCCCUCGUCAACUGUCUCGUCAUACAGUGACGAAGACAUGAGUGGCAAUGGAGUACACUUGGCACCUCUGUCGUCGCAGCACAUUCAUAGUCCAACUGGAAGUUAUCCACCCCCAAACAACACUCUUAAUGGUAGUAGCAUGAAUGAUGCGAGGUCACGUCCGUCAUCUGCUUCAAAGAGUGGGAAUGGAACGCCGUUACGCGGGCCACCACCACAACAGGGUGGUGAUUAUCAUAAUGGGUAUAAUAAUGGCAAUGGGACGACGAUACACCAGCAACCACAUCAACAGAGUGAGGAAGAUCGACGAGCUGCUGAGGCCGCCCAUGUAGCUGCGGCCGCUGCACUAGUAGAUGUAGCGUCGCAACCCCGCGAUCGCAGUACGUGGUGGAAUCCAAAUGGGAGUGAGAAUGUGGAGCGUGAAAGAGUUGGUUUUGAUAGCAGGAAGUCUCCGUCGUAA